AUGUAUUACCCAAGCCAAAAUGAUGAAAAUAUAGAUAUACCUGUAACAGGAUUUUUAUUCAAUCAUGGAUCACAAGGAGUUCCAGAUUCCCUUAAUUUGUCAGAAAGUACUAUGGGACUGGAGGAAGUUGAUGGAGAAUUUCCUCAUUGUAUUGAUUCAAAUAUUUUACUAUCCCCUAAAGCUGAUGUAACAAUAGAAGUUACUGACAAUGUUCAAAUGUCCUCUCAAGAACUGCCUAAUUUUAUGACAGGUGUACGAAAAACUGGGUUCUCAUUUUUUGGGUGGUCAUCAACAGAUUCUAAGCCAAAAUCCAAUGUCCAAAAUGAAGAUGGCAAUUUUAAUUUUAAUUUUGUAGGUGAAGAGAAGAAAGGUAGAGGAGGAUUAUUUAAUAUCUUUAAA